AUGUCUGACAAUGAGGCUCUUACGCCGCCCAGACGGUCUGGAACUAGCGACCCUGGCGCUCACGAUCUAGCUAACGCUUCCGACUCUGACGAUCAUUUUUCCGAUGCCCAAUCUGCUCCUCUCAGCCCCGGAACGUCGCCGAUCCCCAAGACUCGUGUAGAGAAAGUUGACGACGAACCAUCAUACGGCGAGGUCCCUGGAACGGAGGCUUACCGCCUGAGGGAGGGGGACGCUGAGCCGGAUGAGAUUGCUAUCCAGGAGAAGAAGAGCGAUGCGUCGUCGUCUGAGGGCAGUGCACCAAAGUCGCCCGUCAUCCCUAAGACUGUUGUCGAGGAGGCUCCCGGCUCGACAGGGCCACACUCAGAGGAGUUCCUGGAGAAGCGCAAGGCAGACGCCCCAGCCGACUUGGUUGUGAAGCCGGAAGGCGAGACCGAGGAAGGCGGCAGUUCCGAUCCGUCUCCUGUAUCACCUGCGCUCUCAACUCCGGGAUCGCCUCACCUGAAGCGGAAAUCCUCCAGGACUGCUUUGUCUUCGGCCCCAUCCAGUGCAAGCCUCGCACCACCACCCGAUGCGGAAGACGAUGAUGAGGGCGGCGGCGAUGAUUUUGGGGACGAUUUUGACGAUUUUGAGGAGGGUGCCGAGGCCGAUGGUGACUUUGACGACUUUGACGACGGCUUCCAAGAACCAGAAUUCGAGGCACCUGCACCAGCCCCGCCGCCGAGCUUGUCACAAGUACCUUCAUUACCAUUCCAUAUACCUGAUUUCGACGGCCUAGACAGCGAGGACGUCUUGCAAGCUGUCGACCCAUACCUCAACACCCUCUUCCCGCCAGAAGACUUGGAUGUGUCCCCUCCCCCACCAAUAACCAAAGAAAAUCCCAUCUUCCUCACACCGCGUAGCGCGUCUCUGUGGUCACAACUUGUAGCGCCCCCGCCGCUGGCACCGCCAGAUUGGAUCCGCUCCCGUAUCCGUCGCUUGUUCCUGGUCUCCCUGGGCGUGCCGGUGGAUCUAGAUGAGAUCCUCCCGGCCUCCAAGCAGAAGAAGCUUGUGCUGCCAUCACUCCAAGUCACGACGGCCGGAUCACCGCGGACAUCUUCGGAUAUCCGCUCCGUGGCACGGAUUCGACAGUCCGACGCCAACGCCUCGUCGACGUCAGUCGAUUCGAAGGGGAAGCCGUCAACAUCCAAGAAAAAGGGCCCGCCGCCAGUACCGGACCUAGAUCUCGUAUCGGCCAAGCAGUUAUGUGCCACCACAGACGAGGCACUGAAUGGCAUGACGGACGAAGAGCUCAAGGCUCAUGUCGAGAAGCUCAAGGCAAUGGAGGGCACGGCCAGGGAGGUGCUAGAGUAUUGGACCAAGAAGACGGACGAAAAGAUAGGCGACAGGGAAGCAUUCGAAGGCGUCAUAGAAAAUCUGGUCAAACACGCGCGUAAGGUCAGGAAAUAA